GUCGUUCCAGAUCCAGCGUGGAGCAAAAACGCGAGCAAAGUGAGAGCUGCUGCGAGGAGUAUAUAAGCCGAGCUCCCCACUCAGUCGACAUCACAUCACAUUCCACCAUGAAGUUCCUGGUGCUUGCAUCGACUCUCUUCGCAGUCUCCUCUGCUGCCCCUCAGGGCUACAGCCUUCCAACGCCCGUUGGGCCCGCCUUCCCUGUCGGAGGCUGCGCGGAAGGCGAGAUCCUCAACGUCGACGGCACGUGCGCCCUCCCACAAGUCACCCGCAACGUCUUCGUCUACACCGCGCCCGCCCAACCCAUCCACUACGGACCCCCACCCCCAAUCCCCCCACCAAAGCAGGACUUCAACAUCAUCUUCAUCCGCACACCCGAAGUGCCCAUCGGCCCCGAACCCAUCAUCCUCGGACCACCUGAGCAGAACAACAUCGUCUACGUCCUGAGCAAGCGCCCCGACGUCCAGGGCCAGAAGGUCAUCGAAGUGCCAGCACCUCCUCCCAAGAGCCCACAGGUCUACUUCGUCAACUACGGAGACGGUGAGAACCCAACCCUUCCAGGAGGCAUCGAUCUCCAGACCGCCCUCGGUUCCGCUGCCGCCGCUGGAGGCGCCGUCAUCGACGGCGGUGCCGCUCUUGGAGCCGGCGGCUUCGGAGACGCUGGCCUCGGCCUCGGAGGAGCCGGUCUUGGAGGAGGUUUCGGAGGAGCCGGUCUUGGAGGAGGUUUCGGAGGAGCUGGUCUAGGAGGAGGUUUCGGCGGAGGAUUUGACGGGUUCGACAGCCACGAGGAUGGCGGCAUCAUCGUCGGAGGUGGAGGCAUCGGCGGUGGAGCCAUCGUGACCCCCGCCACCCCAUCAGGCCUUUACUCUGCACCCUAAGCAAGGGACCUAGGCCUAUGACCCGGCCUUCGCACGCCGGGGACACCCAGCUGUGACCCCUGGUGUUGUCAGAAGGUUCGCGGGCUCUCCAGUGCCACUGAUCCCCUCUGCCAUCAAAGGCGGAGGAAGAAUCAGAUUUUUGUAUUUAUUUUCCUUUUUUGUUGAAGAGGGACGUGCACUCUAUGCUGAGUCUAGUCAGUCCCGUAUAUUAAAUUUUUUAUAUUUCUUUCUAUAAAUAUACAAUUAUUACUCCUGUUA